GAAAUCAAUCAUCUUGGCUACCUUGACAUUCUAAAGCAAAUUUGUGUGGUUACAGGAUACAUUCUAUCUUUCAUAGUGAUCUGGUUGCCUCACCAUGUGUAG